GCCGUGUGCAUGGAGUCAUCAAAAUGUUGAAUUUGCGGUGUUUAGUAGAGAGUAUAGUUAGUGAGUUUCGUUGUAAAACUGAAAGUUCUUCUCCACGUAUCUUGGCAUAUCAAGAUAUCAAAUAAUAUGAAAAUUGGAAAAUGAAAAGACUGGUAUGCCUUUACAGGCUAGAUAGUGACAAUAGAAAUGAUACAUAUCAGAUGGAAUACAUCAUUGAAAAAAAGGCAUAGCUCAAGAAGAAUGUAUUUCUUCUUCGUGUUCUCCAUGAAUAAAAAACAUUAAAGUACCAAAUUAUGGCAUUAUUUUCAAUAACCUUAACAAAUUGUUUAUAACAAAUCAUUACUUAUCUGUGAUUAUCUUUAUGCAACUUUGGUCUCAAAUGAAUUUAGAUUAGUAGAAGUCAAGUUUUUGAUAAUGGAUAAAAAUCAUGAAGGGUUGAGUGAUCCCUGCUUGGUCAAAGGUCUUCAAAACAUGGCGAAGAUUGACAUAGAUACUAUGCUAAUGGAAGAUGAUGAUGGUAGUGAUGCAGAGGUGAUGCAGGUUGUAGCCAAUGAGGCAGUCAACCUCCGUCUUAAGAAACAGCAAAAGGGAGUCAAUGGAGUGAUCGGUAAUGACAAUCAACAAGAUCGAGAACGACCUAUGUCUUGGGAAGGAGAACUAUCCGAUGAUGAUUUGAAAAACCAAACAUCAAACGACUCGACUAAAUAUCUUUGUGUGCUAAAAGAUACCAGUGAACUUGAUCAUUCAACAAAAAAAAACCUGUAUAUGGUAGAGAGAGACGAUAUUGUUAACUCUAGUGAGGUGGAUGCAACCACAGAGACCAUGAAGGUAUUAUCCCAUUUUGGUGCAGUGAAAAGAAGCAAUAGUAAUGCUAGCAGUAUUCAUAGCCCUCAGACCACAUCUUCAGUUCAUCCUUCUUCUGUAUCAGAUGCAGGCUGUAGUCCAUUUUCUAGUAUUGUUCCUACACCAUCUCCCAUUUAUCCAAAUGAUGUCCACCCUUCUCAACAACCACUGGGCCUUUCAAAUACCUGUAAUUACAACACAAGCCUUGAAGUUACUCUACCCAACUCAAUAUCCUCUUAUUCUCCUGCUCAAAGUCCAAGCAUUGGUAGGCAUCUGGGACCACCAGCAGCAUACCCUGUUAUCCAGAGUCCAAAUUCGCUAACACAUCCUGUAAGAAAGGGUAAAACUGGAAGCAAGGGAACAGGCUAUACUCCCUCAAACAGUCCUCAUCAGGAUAGACCUUUGGUAGUGGAAGGCUAUCUAUACUCUGCCCUUCAGGGUCCUAACCAGGUCAGACACCACAUUCCUGAUGGUCAUGCCGUGGUAUCUCCUAACUGUAGUCCUGCUCGUUCAAGGAACAUGCCCCUUAAUAGACCCAUUCCUUUUGGGGCAUCUCCAUCUCCAACUCUUCACCAACUUAUGACAGGUAUUAAGCAAGACCAUAUCUUGGCCUCAGCUUUGGAAAGGCCAGGAUCUUACAAGUGUAGUGCUUCUGAAACUUGUUCUCCAUUGUCUUACCACCCCUCGGGGCAGGAGUCCAGAUCGACAGCUUCAAGUGCCUCGGAUGAAUCUACAACCAGUGACUUUGUGGCAAGUCCAACCAGGAUGCCACCUGAAAGUUGUGAGGACAGCCAAACUCCUGACUUACCACCAAGUGUUUUGGGAGCAUCGGGCACAGCUGGAAUUUCUCGUCAACAGCUUCUGAGUGGACCCUGCCCCAUUUGUGGAGAUCGUAUCUCAGGAUUUCAUUAUGGAAUUUUUUCUUGUGAGAGUUGUAAAGGGUUUUUUAAAAGAACUGUACAAAAUAAAAAGAACUAUGUUUGUCUGCGAGGAGCUAGUUGCCAAAUUGUGAUUAGUACCCGAAAAAAGUGUCCAGCUUGUAGGUUCGAUAAAUGUUUGAAAAUGGGCAUGAAACUCGAAGCAAUUCGAGAAGACAGAACUCGGGGUGGCCGUAGCACGUACCAGUGUUCCUAUGCCUUGGCAAGUCAGUCAAGUUUUGAUUCUAAAGGGACAAGUAGUGUCUCUUCAUCUUCUAGCAAGGAGCAUUUACAUAUCAAUUCAGAGAUGUCUUUGCCAGGCUGCAGUAGAGAAUCUCUAGGUGUACAAGUAUCUUCGACACAAGGAUCACAACAAGUUCCUCAGCUUAUUCAAGAGAUUCUAUCAGUUGAACACCUGUGGCAGUAUUCAGACAAAGACUUAAACAAAACUGAGGAAAAGGUCAACAACAGCGACUCGGACUUUUUCAGUAACAUUGCUGACAAUCGACUCUACAAGAUUGUAAAGUGGUGUAAAAGUUUACCCCUAUUUAAGGAGAUUCAGAUAGAUGAUCAGAUUGCUCUCUUGCUCAAUUCUUGGUGCGAGAUGCUUCUUCUGAGUUGCUGCUAUAGGUCCAUUCCAACCCCAAAAGAAGUUCGGAUCUCAUUAGGAAAAUCCAUGACCUUAGAACAGGCCCAGAAAGUUGGGCUGGGUCCAGUGGUCGAAAGAAUGUUGAAUUUAACGGAACACUUACGAAGGUUACACAUAGACCAGUACGAGUACGUUUGCCUGAAAGUCAUCAUUCUGCUAACAUCAGAUGUCAGUGGACUAAAGGAGAUAGAGAAGGUUCGCAUAUGUCAGAAACAAGUUCUUGAAGCUCUACAAACUUACACCCGGGUGCACUAUCCAGAAAACCCUAGCAAGUUUGGAGAACUUUUGCUUCGAAUUCCAGAACUGGAGCGAGCUUGUCAGGUUGGGAAAGAGUCUCUGUCUAGCAAACAGAAAGGAGGAGAGAUUCCUAGUUUUCAUCUUCUGAUGGCACUUCUUCGAGGCGACCACUAACGUAUUUACGAUUGGGAAAUUCAUCUUUGUCGGUUGUAUAUCUGUGAUUAUAUGAAGCAGCUGCUCAGUUGAUGAAUUUAAAUUAUUUAGGAUUUUGUGUUGAACAUUUACCCACAUUCAUGCAGUGCCAUGUGGUGAUGCAGCCACUUCAAAAAAAAAAAUGUGUUUCAGAUCUGACUGGUAAAGUAGCUUGCUCAACUCAUUGUCUUUAUUUCUAGUUAUAGGACGAAAAUGUUGUUCUGUAGACUUGUAGAUACGUGAAGUUAUUUCAUGCCUCUAGAUAUUAUCAUUUCUUUUGUAUCCCAUUGCCUUUACAUUUAAUAACCUAGUUUAGCUUACCCACUAGACAAAGGAAAGAAGAAAACUCUUAGUUCUUUUAAACAUCAGUAUUAUGUAGUAAUGGAUAUGGGUGCUAAUAAACUCUAGUAGUAGUAUUUAGUUGGUAACAAAAUUAAUAUUGUAUCAUAAUAAGACUGGUAAUAUUGUUAAUAACAUCCUUUUUUACUGGCCAAUAAAGAAAAUCUGUGAACAAAGACAAAUUGAAGAAUAAGUCUAGACAGGAAUUUCACCUCUUGUCAGUAACCCUGGACAAAGGCAAAAGAAAAAAACAGCUAUGCCUGAUCUUGUUCUAUGAAUUACUCAUUGUCAGUAAAGAAGGAUUUCAUUAAGUUUAUUGUCAGGAAUAUAAUAAUGUAAUAUCAUACCUAUUAGUAAGUAAUGGUUCAUGGUUCAUUCUUCAUUCGCCUCUUUGUUAUAAACCAUAAAAAUGGUCAUUUUCUAAAGCACUGAAGACUUUGGCAGUCACAUAGUUUAGUUUUCUUGAACUUUUACCAUGACCUCAAAAACAGACAUUUGACUUUGUAAAAUUAUUUAGAUUUUUCCUUCCUUCACUUUAUACACCCAUAAAGUCUUUAAAUGUUUUUCAAAUACGUGUUUUAGAAAUGAACAUGUGCUUUUAAACUAUUGUGUCAGAAUAACGGGCGAUAUUCUUAUGCCUGUUAUUUCGACACAGUUUUCACUACUUAGAAGUGUUUUAGUAUAGGAAAUCCAGUUAGUGAUUGAAAUAGAGGACAAACCAAGUUAUCAGAUGGGAUGAUGUGAAUUAUAUUUGAUUUCACUGUUCACCAAAGCUCACUCAAAAGUUGAAAUUAAUUCUUACUCGUGAAACUUCUUUUUUUUUUACAGCUGUAAAGUUAUAUGUUUAGCUUUUAUUCCUUGAUUUUCUUCUGCCAAGUACCUUGUAGAUCAUGUAAUAUAAAUAUAUUAAAGUUGUCUAACUUUUUCAUAAUUUUGAAUCUCACUGAAUCUGUAAAAAUCUCAUUUUUCCUCGACCUUUAUUUAGUCUCUGAGAACAUAUAUAUAUAUGCGAAAUUGUGUCAUAUUGUUUGAAUAUUAUACAUGAACAUUUAAUGAACAUCAACUUUUCAGUCUAGAAUUAAAACCAAAGAUAUCAGUAUAACACAAGUAAAUGAUUUUCAAGUUGUUUAUUGUGUUUGAGUUGUCGUUUACCCAUCACAGGUUAUCUAUAUUUAUAUAGUUAUUUGAAGAAUAAAUAACAUUAGUGCUAUAAAUUUAUUCAUUUAAACACUUUAGUGGACAGGUUGUUUUAAGAUGAUGUCAUUUUUUUCUCUACAUAUCAUCAAAAUUGUGAAUUUUGGCAAGAAAGAAAUCUGAUGCCCAACGUAUUCAUGUGUUUACCACUUAUCAUUCAGUUAGACCAGUUUCAGGGAAAUCCACACCCUCAUCAGUAAUCCUGGACAACGGCAAAAGGAAAAUGACCAUGCCUGAUCUGUCUUGUUCUUUGAAUUACUCCUGUCUAGGGUUAAGAAUGGGGUUGGUGAAAUAUCCCUAUACUGACCUUAGUGACAGAUAGUUAAUCCAAAAAGUAUGGUGAUUUACCCCCACCCCCUUCAGAAUUGCUUACAAAUCCAGGUUUGAAAAUAUUUUAAACUAUCUCUCAUUCAUAAAAGGUGAUUGUAAGGGUUUGUGUGAAAGGAAAUAUUUUAAAUAAGCUCGUGUUAAAAGUAGAAAUGAAAGCAGCAGCUGGCUAUUGCUUUUGGUUUAUAUUUUAUAGUUCAGAAAUGAAAGACUGUGAAUCUUGUGCUUUACAAGUUGAAGAUAACUGUCUUUUACUCUGUAUGACUUGUGUUGUUAAUAUUUACAGAGAAAAAAAAGUAUAAACGAACAUUUUAGGGUUUGUUCUUGACAUUGAUUAUCGUACUUUAAAACUUAAAAAUUAAUUUAAAGAACGACCAGGUAAUAUAAAAUGUGUUUUUGUAUAUCAAUGUUGAGACAAAAGAAUGCUAUGCAAAGCAAACUGCUUGUUGAUGUUUCACCUAGUGAAUAUUUUAAUAAAGUAAUUGUUUGUAAACUUGCCUCUAAACAUUUUCUGCUCAUCUAUUUUAAAAGUGAAAUAAUUCAUGUUUAGAUAAAAAUGUACUACAUCUUUUAAGUUCUUGUAAUUUCUUUAAAGAAUGGAAAACACCAAGUAACUUUUAAUGAGAUUUAUUGAAUAAAUACACAUUUCCUCAUGAUACACACAGUUUCUGAAGUAUUAGUAUUAAAAGUUCCAGAAGUCUGGGGACAAUUGAUCCUGGGUAAGGGUUAAGAUUUCUGAGAGUUUUUUUUUUUACUUUUUUACUCUGCCUAGACUGAGAAAUUUAUCUGUUGCUAUAAUAAUGGACAUCUUUAUACCAUAAUACUGUUCUUUAAAAAGAAUAUUCCUGUUUUUUUAUGGAAAGAGCAAUUUUUAAAUUUCAGAUGCCCUCUAGCAAGUAUUUCCUGUGGGCAAUAAAAUUUUAACCCUUUUUCUAUUAAGGAUUUUUCAAGGGUAGGUAGAAGUCUUUUAAUGAUUAACCUACAGUCUUUCAUUAGUUGAAGAAGCACCCAAUCCAAGAAAUCAUAGCAGACAAACAGCAUAUAAAUAACUUUCAUUAACUUCCUUCCAAACCCUUGGAUAAAUUUUAUCUGGUCCAGGUUUUUUUUUUACUUGCAGCCACUCUCCUUUAUUUUACAAGAAAGGUGCUUAUCUUGAAUAAUCAAGAAUUAAAUUUUUUUUUUGAAUUUGAUCACUAUCCCAAAUUAAUUUGAUCGCACAAUUUAUAGUAUAUAAUUUUUUUCUCUUUCUUUUUUACAUAUAGUCACUCCUCCCCUCUCUUUAGUACUCUAUCCCUAUUAAAUAACCUAUAACCCUGUAUUUCAAAGACAUUUCUGUCAUCAAGAUCAUCUACAUAUAACCAUGUUUCAGUUAUUCCCAUUAUAUCAAAACACACUAUUCCUACCAGUACUCUAAAGUCAUCUAUUUUAUUUCUUAUACUUCUAGCAUUACAAUAGUAACAAUUAAGCCUAUCUUUAGAACUCUUCUAUAGUCAUUUCGUUUGCUAAACAUUUCUCUACACCUUAUUUUUUGUAUUUAGUUUAUCCUGGCUCUCACUACUGACUAGUCAUAGUUUAAAACUUCCCUAUUUCCAAUUUAAAUGUAAAUCAUCCGUUCCAAAAAGCCACCGUUUCCAUUAAACUGAUCCCACAAAUCCAAUCAACCAACCUGCUUGUUCUUACAUAUUAAGCUAAGCCUAGUAUUCGGCUCUAGUGACCUACUUAUAAUCUCAUCCCCACAAUUAUUUCUCAACAUUAUGCCUGAUAGAAUCAGGUUAUUAUGCCUCUUUUCUUUAAAUGCCUUUAUCAACCUGCUCUACUUAUCAAUUAGCUCCUCUGACAUGCCCUUCCUUACAUCUUUAACCUAUAUGUGCACAACAAAGAUGGCACCACUUUUAGUACACUUUACUAUAUCACUUCCCUUGUCAGUUAUUUCUCCAUUUCUGAACCUGGAUAGUUUAAUCUAACUAGCAAACCCAUGGACCUAUGGCUCACAUUUAUUUAGAAGGCCACUAUAAUGCAAAUUUAAUGCUUAAACUACUAUUUUGCAAUUUGUCAGUUUAAUGAUCAUUGCCACUAUGAUGCGAAUUUGGUUUCUUUAAUCAAGUUAUAAACAGUAAUUAGUAGUUCUACUUACUUAUGUGCUCGAAUGUAAAUCAAUGCCAAAUUUGGUGUCUGCUUUCAGGGAAUCCCUGUAAUAAUGUUUUUCACAAAAUAUUCAAGUUUCCGAAGGUGAAAAUUUUACCUUUGUGCAAACCUUGGAGCUGAGACGAUUCAUUUGGUACCACUUAGAAGUUGUUGCAACCAGCGGUUUAGGAAGAAUUACGUGACACAUAGACACUGAAUCUGAUCAUGUCUUUUCUACUUGUUUACCCCAUGGACUGUCCUAUCCCCAUGCUGUGCCAAAGUGUCAUCUACAAGUAUAACCUUCUUAAGUUUUUUAUUUUCAGCAUAUCAGUCCUUUUUGUUUUCUUUCCCUCACUUAGUUCCUCAUCUGAACAAGCUAAAGAUUUAAAUCUUAACCUCCUCAUUACAAUUCAAUCUAAUACUUGUAACCUUAACUUCCUGAAAGUCAUUAUUAGCUACGUUGUUCCUUGCAUGUAAAAGCUUAAGUUUCUUUAAAUCCUGCUGCUAUUUUCCACAUUUUUUUAUUUAUCUGUCACCUCUUCUCUAGCUUUCGAUUUCUCAUCAAACCUGCAAAUUCUAAAACAAAUUACACUUCUUUUUUUAAAAAUGCAUGUCAGUCCCAAAUUCCAAUUUAAAGCUCACUCCUUGCCCCCUUUUCAUCUUACAAACUGUCAGUGAUUCACACCCUUGUUUUGGCUUUUAAUAUGGUGUUGUCUUCAAAGAGAUUCUGAGAAGGAGCAUAAUGGCCAAAAUGUGGUCCUUGGUCUUAAUAGAAAGGUUCUUGAGCUAUUUACUUGUCCUUGAUCUCCAUUAGAACAUCAAUCAGCUAAUUAUUUGAAAGUUCACGAGGGUGCUACAUAUCUGAGUUUGACUGACUUUUGUAUUAGGUUGAGUGUUAUCAGUUAGGCUUCUUUUAUCUUUCUCCUGUGUGAUUCAUAUUCAGUUAGUUUCAAUUUCAUUUUAUUUGUACAAUUUUCUCUGACAUGUGUUAUUACAGUUAGUUUAGUGCUAUAAACUCUGAUAUUUCUACUAUAUUUCUGAACUCUAACUUUUGUUAAUAUUGUUGUAUCUCAAGUAUUGGAGCCCACAGUCACAAGGUAUGUUGUAAAUGGUUUUUUGUUGUUCUUAAUGGGAUCUUUAGCUGGUUUUGUGUGUGCUAACUACAGUCCUAUUAUGUUAUAACUUCUGAAUACUAUUAUGGGGUUAUACUAUGUAUAUAUCCUUUGUAUGUUCUUAGAGAGACUUCUGACACAGCAGAAUGUGUCUGUGUGUCUGUAAUUUUAUUUUCUGCUUAUUCCUAGUUUUUCUCUUAUUUUCUUAUUAAUCAAAUGUUCAGGGUAUUCAUUGUUAAGGAAGGUUUUAGCAAUGAGUUUUUCUUCCUCCUUAUCAUCUUUCUUAUUAAAAAAUCUUGUUCAUUCUGAAAAACAAGUAGUCUGAUGUCCACUCUUUAUGCUGCAGGCAAAGUUUGAUUUAUAGUUGUGGUAUCUUCCAGUAUUUGUGGGCUUCCUGAAAAGUCCUGAUAGACUAUAGUUUUUCACACCAAUUUCGAGAAAAUGGUGUGUCCACGAGAUUUAAGUUUAUCCAUUUUUUUUCUUUAUGUAAAGGUACUUUCAGAGGAAAAGAUUAAAUUUUAUGAAGAGUUAUUUUCUAAAUAUUAUGUAGUUCAAAUAUGAACACUAGAAAUAAAAUAUAUUACUCUUAAAUUAUAUCGUGAGAUUUGUAAAAUUGGCAAGGUAUGUCUAGUUUAAAAAUAAGUUGUUAGGUUGUUUCUGAACAUUGUCUUUUUUUCUUAACAAUGUUUUAAAGCAGUUCAAACCUCAAAGAGUUUAGUAUUUCAAGUCAUGAAAAAUAUAUUUAAAGCAGCUUAAUGUUUUGAAGUUUCGUAUUUAAAUAUUUAAUGAGUAAAUUAUUUAUAGUGGCUUUUAUCCGCAAAAUAUAUUACAUUUAAAAAUAAGGAAUUGAUAUAACAAUAAUAAUUAUAUUUUCAAGGGAAUUUUAAGCAGUGUAUAAAUAGUAGAGCUUUUAAUGGAUUGCAUCUACCUGUUUCUAGAGUACGUUGUAUUCUGAAAAGGGCCUUGGUAUAGAAGCCAAUGUGCCAUCUCACUUUAGGAACAGGCAGGAGCAGUCAAUUAAAGACAAAAAAAAUAACUUUAAUCAAACACUACCAAACUGGGAUAUUUCCUGUCUUUUAAGUUAAUUGUGCUGAUAGAUAAUAUAUAGAGGUUCAUAUAUGAUAUUUGUACUUGAAGAUAUUGUAUUUAAAAUUUAAAUAAGUCUUAUUUAAAUUAUAAUAUUUUUUAUGCUGUAAUAAUUGUUAAAUGACCAUGUGCCCUUGAAUAUUGAGAAAAUGUAACAGUAUUUGUUUUCAAAACUAAUGUAUGUAUAGAUGACCACAUAUCAGUCCAUAUUCUACAGUAUGGGACAUUACAACAUUUUAAACCUUAACAGUUUCUUGCACAUACGAAGUUUUGAUCAAGUAAUUUAUCAAGAUCGUUUGAUGAGUUCAUUCAAACCCAAGACGCUUCUCUCCAUUUCUCUAUCAUCCUUGUUACCGCUUUGUCUUUUGCAGCUCUUUGUAUCUUUACACGAUUAACAUUUAUAUGCCACUUGGGUUAAUACUCUGAUGAUAAGACUUUCACUUCUACAAGGAUGGCUGGCUUAUCUUAGCUCUGCCAAGAAAUGAACUCGGUGUGCUCCAGUUGCUGCUUUGUCCUGAUAAUUUCUUUGUCUUGUGCAACCAUUUGUAUCUUUACACGAUUAACA